GAUAUUCAAUCAAUUUAAUUUAUCCCUAAUCCUCACACAGCGUACUCACCCUCUUUCUCUCGCUAGUCGCUACCCUAGGUCCACCGGUACACACGCAACACCGGCCACGCAUAACCAGUCACCGCCGCGCCUCUGCCUAUCUCGGCUUCUUAUUUCUGUUUCAGUCUGUGGGUUACUGGGUAACAUGGAAUCUUCAUUCAAAGUGUGAUGAGUCAUCGGUUUGGACACUUUGUUCAAUUCUUCUGCUGCAGCAAUUAUAGAGUGCAUGACAUUAUUUAAAGUGAAAGUUUAAUGUAUUCUCUUUUGUGGUCUCCCCAAUUUAUUGAUUUUGUAUUAUUGUAUUAGAAAUUGUAAUUUUUUAUUUUUACCGAUGUGUUCAUUUGAAAAUUUUGAACCCCCUGACCCCCGGGUCCUGGAUCCGCCACUGCACACAGAACCAACCAACCAUGUCUUCCAGUAAAAACGACCUUCGAUGCCAUCACUGUGCAGGACCCCUUUCAAAGGAGAUGGAAACCAGUGACUGGACCAUUGCACCCCUCGUCAGGGACAGCUUCUCUAUGAUUGGUUCUGCUGUUGGUGGCACUACAAGUGCAUUUUAUGGAUUCAACCAUGUUAUGCCAGUUGUCCGUAGAUAUGUAAAAGGACCUAUGUGGUUACAUUUUCUCAUUGGUACACCACCUGUGAUAGUAUUCUCUUCAGCCUGCGCAGGACUGGCAGGUGGGGCUGUUCCUGCUUUAGCACAACUUGUUUCCUCAUCUUACCAUGCAACACUGUCAUCACCUCCUUCAAAGGAUGAUAAGAUUCAGAAGUCAAGAACUUCCUCUACUCUCUAAUGUUUACACACGUGCAUAUAUGGUAUAAUGGCUUUCUUACACUAUAGUCAUGCAUACAUGCUAAGGGAGCUGAGAGUUUUGUUUUUCCUUUUGUAAAUACUGUUUUCCAGCUUUAGUGCUCCACUAUGUGAUUUCAGCCACUGUCAAGUGGUGCUACAAACAUCCUAUAUCCGUUUGGUUUAUCAUGCUGUGAUCUUGUUUGUUAAUAAGAUCCGUUUUGUUUAGUCA